UUGUUUCAAAACUCAGUAACACUUUUUUUGUUGGUAUUUAGGAAUAGGAAGGAGCUAUAAAGAGUUAUAGCUAUUAAUUUCAUUAGUUCUGCAUCGAAACUACUUAAACAUGAAGUUUAAGAAAUUCACUCGAUACAAUGCAAAUCUUGCUGAAGAUGAUGACGACGAUUUUGAAGCCGCCACAACUUCUAGAAGGAAAUCGUCAGAAAAAAUGGUCACAGCAAAACAUUCAUCGAAAAAAUUAAAUAAAAAAGAUAGUGGUUUGAUGGGUCCUGAUUUGGAACAUGUUUUAGUUGAAAAGCGUUCAUCAAAAAAACUACAUGCAAGAAAUAAUGACAUGGAUUCUGAAGAUGCGAUGAAGAAACAUAAAUCAAAAUCCAAAACAAAACUUGAUUCCGAUAAUACAGUACCAGAUAAACGUUCUUCAAGAAUGUUACAUCGAAAAAACAGUGAUAUUAUGAAAUCUGAAGAACCAAAAAAAAAGAGAUUUAGAUCCAAAACAAAACUUGAUUACGAUAGUAUGGAAGAAGAAUCAGAACAGGAACACACACACAAACCUAAGAAAUCAAAAUCAACAACAAAACUUGAUUCCGACGGCACGUUAGUGGAAAAGCGUUCAUCAAGAAGACUGAAUAGAAGCAGCAGCCACACCUCAAAUUCUGAACAAGAACCAAAAAGAAUGAGACGUUCAAGAUCUCAAAUAAGAAUAGAUGCAGACAGAGAGAGAAGGCGCAGAAAGAAAAUGGAAUCUUAUGACGAUGAGAUUGUUGAUGAUGAGAAUUCAUCUGAACAUAUCCAAGCAGAAGCGGUAAACUUAGCAUUGACUAAUCAAAAUCAGGGUGGUUUUUUCCAAAUUUUAAGUUGGAUUAUUUUACAAUUUCUUAAUAUCUUUAGACCUAGCACUUGGUUUGCUUAAAAUGAUAGUAGGGGUAAACUUUUAAGAUCCAACAACAAAAUUCAGGACAACUGAUCUAGAUUGGCUUUAGUGACAGCAAAGCACUAUCACUACCAGUCAUUAUCUCCGCAACAGUAAAGUAGGAAGGUGACCCUGUAUCAAAUGUCAAGAAUUAUAGUGAUAAGCAUUGUGGUGUUAAUGAAUUCCAAUUUCUAAUAUCAUAGCUCUAUCCAUAUUAGAAUAUGGAUUUAGGAUGGAUUCACCAAGUAGUGACAUGAUCUUCAAUUUUCUAAGAUGUUCCGGAGACUUCGCUGGCUUAAAGUGAUAUCGCCUUUUAUAACACGAAAUCUGGUUACUGAUUACGAGGAAAAAGAAAAAUAGUUAUGUCUUAGCUCCUUCCUAAACUCGAAAUUAAGCAAAAAUUUUAUGUGUACAUUUCAAACUCAAAUUUAAUAAAACUAAA